GCGGCGGCCGGUGGCUCGCAGGGUCCGAGCUCCGGAGGAAGGGGGACCGGAGCCACGCUGGUGGGUGCGUCCGCCGGGUCGACCCGUGCUCGAGAGUGGUCCGCGAUCGAUAGAGAAAGAGAGAGUCGACGGGGGAAUUGAUGACCUGCGUGCGUGAGUUGACCGACGUGGAUAAGUGAGGCGAGCAGAGUGGGCAAUUAUUUCGGGAAAAUUAUGCGAAUUUCUCCGGUUGCGAAGCGUCCAUCGAUUCCCCUCGAGCUCGAGCACUCAUCCAACUCACUUCCUUGCUCUUCGUCUCGUGCUCGCUCGCUCGGUCACUCUGCAAUCUCUCGCCUCUCGACGAAGAGCGCGAGCGAGCGAAUUGAUUUGAAUCGUUCUAUUACUCCUAUUUCGAGCACUUAAUCUGUUUGGGACUUGUUGUUGCUCGUCUGUGGGUCCGGCAAUAGAUCCGAUCCGAGAGCGAAGGCGUACUCGUCGGGCGGGAGCUGAGACAGUGGUCGGUCUGUCUUGUCUGGUCUGUCUCUGAGUGCGAGCUUCGGUCCAUCGGUGUUCUCCAUCCUUGCUCUGCAUGCCACUGUGUCUCUGCUACCUCAGCUCCCGAGAAGAAGGAGGAGAAGCCCUUCACAUCCCAAUUUUCCUGUGAUUUUUCUGUCAGUGUAUUUUAUGCUCUAUGUUUAGACUUGUAUCAGUGUCGUUGGUUGUGCGGUAAAUCUGGGAAAUGUAGAGGAUUGCGAGCAGUAGGACGCACCGCUGCCUCUAGUUCUGCAGGCCGUUUUUUUCCGAAGUGUUGUGGUGGAUAGAGGGUCAGGAAGGAAGAGCCAGCAGCAGCUCGGACGAGUUUUUGUCGAGUGUCUGUUAGAGGAAGGUGUGCGGAAGAAUGUGUAGCCGCCGAGACUGGCGAAAUCGGAGCUGGUAGUGGAAGGGUCCAGACGCUCGAAUGCAUGUCAUGCAUGGACAGCAGAUGCAUCGAAAUGGAAGGUUGAAGUCGCGAUUUGAUAGGCCCUCGAUUGGAAAGCGGGAGUCCAGAUAGUGAGAUUUCCAGCUUGAUAGGUAGAGAGCGUGGUGGCCGGAGGAAACGAGCGAGAGAAGGACGAGCGAAAUUCACAGGGCCGUAGAUAGAGGACGACGUAUUUGGAUCGAUCGUUGUCUGGAGUUGGCUGUGUAGAUUGCGAAGUAGAGCUCGUCAAGUAAGUCUAAUCUCCUCAGCUUGCCGAGGAGUCAUACUUCUCAGCUCGUGAAUGGACACCCAAGAUUGAGUUCAGCACAAUGUGCUGAUAGCUCGUUGGGUGCUUCCUGACACUUCAACCAACCCAUCCCUAUCAAAGAUUUUAUCUUCCCUCUCGCUCACUCUGGCUCCUCGUCACAAGAUACACACCGACAUUCCCCUGAGUCCCUGAUUUCAUGAAUCAAAUCUCCACCCCGUAGACGAAAUCUCCAUUAGCGCCGAACACUUAAAAAAUAAAAACAUAAAUCGAUUAAAUGUGCAAUUUUAGCUACUACCCUCAACUCUAAGGACAGUAAUAUGACACAGGAAUCCACAGCGUUGUGAAGAGUUAGAAACCUCGAACAUUGCUUCUGUCGAGUCAGACGAUUCUAACAGUUGCAUUCGUGGGACUGUCAAAGCACCAUUGGGGAAGUUGUGUUGGAGUUUUGUCGAGAGAGACUGACGUUGGCUGGACGAUAUUGUUUGCUUUGUAGCAACGAAUGUGAAUGAUGGUCAUGAAGCUCGGACUCGCUGCCCACUUGUACGCCCUGGUGGUGGUUUUGCUCGUCGGGUACGCCCAUGCGUUGACCCACGAUGGUCAGAUUUUGUUGAGAUUCAAGGCGAAUUUACUGAAUCCCGAGGACGUCCUCCCUUCUUGGAAUAAGAGCGACGAUACUCCGUGUGCGUGGGUGGGAGUCAGAUGCAAUGCCAACACCUCCCGUGUCACAUACCUAAAUAUUCCUUACAAGCGUCUGAGUGGGAGCAUUUCAGCGGAGCUAGGAAAGUUAACGCAGUUGAGGAGAUUAGGGCUCCACGAAAACCGACUGGUGGGUCCGAUUCCUUCGUCGGUUCGGAAUCUGACCUUUCUACGAGCUCUAUACUUGAGAGGCAACGCAUUGAGCGGCAACAUACCCGAUGAAUUGGGGGAGCUAAUGAACAUUGAAGUACUGGAUGUCUCCCGAAAUAUGCUGACAGGCGCAAUUCCAGAAUCUUUGGGGAAUCUCCCAAAGCUUCAGUUUUUCAAUGUGUCAUCAAAUUUUCUCGUAGGAGCGAUUCCUACGAAUGGAUCGAUGGGCAACUUCUCCAGUGCCUCGUUUUCUGGAAACAUGGGCCUAUGUGGUGUUCAAGUCAAUAAGACAUGCGCAGAACCCUCACCUCCUGCUCCCACUCCAGCUCUGGAGCCGUCUCCCUGCACCGGAGCUAUUCUCCCACCUGUUCUAGAAGAAGGUCCAAAAUCUGCGAAGUACAUCAAUGCGCUACUCAUAGCCGUGACUGGCAUUUCAAUCUUGUUUGGUAUAUUUAGUUUCUUAGGUUACUUCUUGGUCAGAAGGAACAACCACAAGCACGCGUUCGCAGGUUUGGAAGAAGUGAAGUCCUCAAUUGCAUCGGAAGCGAAGCUGGUGAUGUUUCAUGGUGACUUGCCAUACCCGUCAAAAGAGGUCGUCAAGAAAAUUGAGAUGCUGGAUGAAACAGACAUCAUCGGAUCAGGAGGAUUCGGCACUGUUCAUCGCCUCGUUAUGGAUGAUGGUAGCUGGUUUGCUGUGAAAAAAAUCAGCAAAAAUGGUUUCGGUUCAGAUCGUCUCUUUGAGCGAGAGUUGGAGAUAUUAGGAAGUUUCAAGCACAGAAAUCUUGUUAAUCUGAGAGGUUACUGCAACUCUCCUACUUCUAAGCUCCUGAUUUAUGACUACCUGCCAUACGGUAGCUUGGACGAAUUUCUACAUGAGAGAGAGCCACAUGAAACCCCCCUGAACUGGACUGCCCGGCUCGGAAUCGCUAUUGGAGCGGCAAGAGCACUUGCAUAUCUGCACCAUGAUUGUUGUCCACGAAUCAUCCACAGGGACAUUAAAUCCUCGAAUAUCCUUCUGGAUGACAAUCUGGAACCUCAUGUGUCUGAUUUUGGCCUUGCCAAACUUUUGGAUGGUGAUAAGUCACACGUUACAACAAUUGUUGCCGGCACCUUCGGUUAUCUUGCUCCAGAGUACAUGUACAGCGGGAGGGCGACGGAGAAAGGGGAUGUGUAUAGCUACGGUGUUGUCUUGCUUGAACUCUUGAGUGGGAGGCGGCCGACAGACCUUUGCUUCGUGGAGAAGGGCCUGAAUGUGGUCGGAUGGGUAGGAAGCUGUAUCAGGGAGAAUCGUCACAAGGACAUAUUUGAUACAAAGUGCCCUGGUGCUCUGAAGGAGAGUAUGGAGAAUGUUCUCCAAAUUGCUAUCAUGUGCAUUGCAGCAGAUCCCGACAGCCGCCCUACCAUGGAGCAGGUGGUGCAAAUGUUGGAAUCAGACACCUUCUCUCCCUGUCCAAGUGAUUUGGAGUAUGACUCACUCGAUGACGCCGAAACUAAAACAGUACCAGGAGACUCCAAAGUAUAGUAGAGCAACAACAAUGAUUUUUUAGACUUCAGCUAAAAUCUUGACAGAUUUCGCUCCGAGACCAGUAAUAUCUUUCAGAAGCAGCAUUCCACCAUUCUAUUCUUUCGCCUUAUACUCGUGUAGUUUAACAGGCUUGUAAUUCGUAUAUAUAUUGAUCAUUUAUGUAGCGAUAGCAUUCAUCUCCUAGUAAAUACAUUCACUAUCAGAACAGGAACUUGAUUAUUCUUAUUCGGGCUCCGACGCAAGCCCUUGUAGACACACUUUACUCUCUCCAUGUCCGUACUGUAGACUAGGGGACCCAAUUUGCAUCAUUCUUAGUACGGGCGGAGAAGAGAUAACUGUUAUUCACUUUCACAACAGAUCAGUAAAGUGCAGUACUUACGCAU